AUGGUUCGAUUCCAGUCAGGCUUGCCCUCUCAGAGUCGUGCGACCAUUGACCCGACACCUAUAUUCACGGAGGAUCACUCUGACGAAGACGAUUCGGAGCCGUCUCAGGACCAAAUUUCGAAGCGGAGCCCACAUGGUAGUUCUGUUGGAGUCGCCCCGGACGGGGAGACCUCGCAGGAUACUUUCAUGACCACUCGCUUCAAGCAUGUCAUGACCGAUGAAGGUCAUCUUGUCAUUACAGGCAGAGAUGGGAGACUUGAACGUUGUGAAGAUGAGCCGAUUCAUACCCCUGGUGCCGUGCAAGGCUUUGGUCUCAUGCUCGCUAUCAGAGAGGAACCAGAUGGGACAUUCUCGGUACGCUACGCCAGCGAAAACUCCAAACGUAUCAUCGGAUACACGCCUCGGGAGCUCUUUCGACUGGCAAACUUUAUGGACAUUUUGACCGAGGAGCAGGCAGAUAAUCUGCUAGAUCACAUUGACUUCAUCAAAGACGAGGAGGCAGAUCCAUCGGUGAAUGGGCCUGAGGUUUUCAGUAUGUCGGUUCGGCCACCGAAAAAGAGAUCAGUCAAGUUGUGGUGUGCUAUUCACGUCAACCCAGCCCAUCCAGAUCUUAUUAUUUGCGAGUUCGAACUCGACGAUGACCAGGACUACCCCCUCCGGCCGGUUGAAGAGCUUACUCCCGACGUUCCAGAGGACACGCUUGACGCAAACCCAACGCUCGAAGAGCUUACCGAGAGCACAGAAGUCUUGAGCAGACCGUUACGAGUCCUGAGGAGUGCUCGAAAGCGAAGAGGCGAAGCCGGGGCGAUGCAAGUGUUUGACAUUCUUUCACAAGUUCAGGAGCAGCUGGCUUCCGCUCCUACCCUGGAGAAGCUUUUAAAAAUCCUAGUCGGUAUUGUCAAGGAGCUGACAGGAUUCCAUCGUGUGAUGAUCUACCAAUUCGAUUCGUCCUUCAACGGCAAAGUCGUGACGGAGCUUAUUGAUCCACAGCAAACCAAGGACCUUUACCACGGGUUGCACUUUCCCGCAUCUGAUAUCCCGAAGCAGGCCCGUGAGUUGUACAAGCUCAACAAAGUACGGUUAUUGUAUGAUCGCGAUCAAGAGACCGCUCGGCUGGUCUGCCGCUCAACGGAUGAUUUGGAGACCGCUUUGGAUAUGACGCAUUCAUAUCUGCGAGCCAUGUCCCCUAUUCAUUUGAAGUAUCUCGCUAACAUGGCCGUUCGCUCCUCCAUGUCCAUUUCCAUCAACGCAUUUAACGACCUAUGGGGUCUUAUCGCAUGUCACUCCUACGGACCGAGGGGUAUGCGGGUUUCUUUUCCGAUAAGAAAGAUGUGUCGUCUUGUUGGUGACACAGUAUCCCGGAAUAUCGAGCGUUUAUCAUACGCCUCCCGGCUUCAAGCGCGCAAGCUCAUCAACACAGUUCCUACGGACAAAAAUCCUGCAGGUUACAUCAUUGCUUCUUCUGAUGAUCUGCUCAAAUUGUUUGACGCCGACUUUGGUAUGCUUUCAAUUCGAGGCGAGACCAAAAUCCUUGGGAAGCUUCCCCAGUCCCAAGAAGCUCUUGCCAUGCUUGAGUAUCUCAGAGUCCGCAAAUUCACUUCAGUGGUAACAUCUCAGGAUAUCGGGACUGACUUCCCCGACUUACGAUACCCACCUGGUUUCACGGUGAUCGCUGGGCUGCUGUAUGUACCUCUAAGUGUGGGCGGUGACGAUUUCAUUGUUUUUUUCAGGAGAGGUCAAGUCAAGGAGGUGAAAUGGGCCGGAAACCCGUACGAGAAGUUCAUUCGCGAGGGCACGCAGAACUAUCUCGAGCCUAGAAAGAGCUUCAAAACUUGGCACGAGACGGUGCUAGGCAUGAGCCGAGAAUGGUCUGAGGAACAAGUAGAGACCGCAGCUGUGCUCUGUCUUGUUUACGGUAAAUUCAUUGAGGUGUGGCGACAGAAAGAAGCGGCAAUUCAGAGCAGCCGUUUAACACGAUUACUUCUCGCAAACUCUGCACACGAGGUUCGCACGCCUCUGAACGCCAUCAUCAAUUAUCUAGAAAUUGCGCUCGAGGGCAGUCUGGACCAAGAGACCAGGGACAAUCUUGCAAAGUCCCACUCGGCCUCGAAAUCGCUCAUCUAUGUCAUUAACGACUUACUUGACCUUACUAAUACUGAGGAAGGCCAGGAAUUGAUCAAAGACGAGCUGUUCGACUUUUGUGCCUGCAUCAGGGAAGCUACAGAACCUUUCGAAAACGACGCAAGAAGGAAGGGCAUCAGCUAUGAAGUCAUUGAACAUCCAGGGCUGCCGAAAUAUGUAUACGGUGAUCAGCGCAGGGUGAGGCAGGCGGUAGCAAAUGUGACUGCAAACGCGGUUCAGCACACUACUGAAGGUCUCGUCAGGAUUGAGCUAUACUCGACGGAAGUCCAAGAUAAUCGAGUGCUGGUGGAAAUAGUCGUGCAAGAUACAGGACGAGGGAUGAAUGGUGACCAAUUAGACGCCCUCUUCCGCGACUUGGAGCAGGUCUCUAGCGAAGUGGACGAAGCGCUUCCUCUAGAAAAGCACACGGAGGAGAAACCCAAUACUCGAACACUUGGUUUAGGAUUAGCUGUUGUCGCCAGAAUUGUUCGCAACAUGGAAGGUCAGCUGCGCUUGAAAUCAGACGAAGGCAAGGGAUCUCGCUUCGUGAUCCAACUACCAUUCGAGUUACAAUCUAGCGGUACAUCGGAUCCUGGCACGGGAGAGGCUACAGCUACAGCAUCGAUCACCGCAUCUAUAUCUACAACCAGGCCACCGACGCACGAUGGCGAAGUGUUGCUAGUUGACCGAACCAGAGUAAGCCCUGGUGAAGAGUCUGAGAGGAAGAGCUUAGAUGAGGUGAUUAGCCUUACCAGCCAUCGUAGUGUCACGAGCAAGGGUAGUGCCGGAAGCUUUAGGAGCGAUGCCGAUCGUCUAAUCGAUGCCAUCCAGACGCCCCUUGCAUUGGGAGAACCUGAAUCUGAGCACACCACGAAACAAAGGAGUAGCUCUAGAGUUGGCCUACAAUUCGUUACGGAUAGCAAGACACCGAUCAAGCCUGUCAAGAUUCCUGACGAGUACAGCGAUCUUCCCGAGAAUCCACAGCCAAGUGAGAGAUCAGGAGUGCUCUUUGAAAUCCCUGACAAACCAGAAGGAUCAGGUGCUGUUCAGCCAGCGAAAUCUAUUGAUGCGAAGGACUUUCAAGACACCAAUACCACGAAUCCCUCGCCCGAAGCAGCAGCAUUACAAAUACUAGUUGCAGAGGACGAUCCGGUCAAUAUGAAGAUCCUGCGCAAGCGCUUAGAGAAAUCUGGCCACUUGGUUUUCCACACCUUGAACGGCGAAGAUUGCGCUACUGUACACAAGGAGAAGUCCAAGGAGUUCGACGUCGUCCUAAUGGACAUGCAGAUGCCCAUUGUGGAUGGUCUUACUAGCACGAAGAUGAUCAGGACGACUGAGCGCUCAGAUGAUCAUGCUGGUCUCUCAAGGCUUGCCCUUAACCAGGGGAGAAUUCCCAUUUUUGCAGUUUCUGCAUCUUUGGUCGAAAAGGACAAGGACUCAUAUAUCGGUGCGGGCUUCGACGGGUGGAUCCUGAAACCCAUCGAUUUCAAGAGGCUUGAAACUUUGCUUCUUGGCAUUCAGAACGAUGAAACUCGCAAUAGCGCUUUAUACGCGGCUGGCCAAUGGGAGCGUGGAGGCUGGUUCCGAAAGCGACUUGAUCUGCCAAAGGCAGACCAGGCCUCUCAUAUUUCUCCUAUUCCACAGGAGCCUCUGAGGGCUAGAGGCACCCACUAG